AUGCUGUUUCUUGUGAUGAUGGUGUCAUUUCACCUGAUGAAACAAAGUGACACAUGCUCCUCUUUACCACAACUCAGUCUGGAUGGAGACUACAUUCUGGGAGGACUAUUCCAGCUGCAUGAGAAGUAUGGAGUGACUGAUACAGCGGCUGAUACUGAGAACAGAAAACCUGAAACGUUUCAAUGUCACAGGUAAGGCGAAGUCUGCUUUCACCACCAGAAAAAAAUUAUACGGUAAAUGUCAAAUGUUUUUGCACACAUUUUGACAAUAAACCUAUGCAACCUUUAUUCUACAUCCAAGGUUUAAAUUUUCCUCAGCAAGCUACCAGCAGAUCCAAGUCAUGAGGUUUGCUAUUGAAGAGAUCAACAACUCCACAGAGCUGUUGCCUGGUGUGAGCCUGGGCUAUGAGAUUUUCGACUACUGUUCUGACUUGCUCAGUUAUUGGGCUGCUCUGGACUUUCUGACCCAAAAGGGAGGAGGAGCCAUCCCUGUGUGGAACGGAACACACUACAGACCUAAAGUCAUCUCAGUCACUGGCCCGUUUGGAAGCAGCCAAACCAUCAGUGUCGCCCCUCUGUAUAUGUCGGAGAUGAUUCCAAUGGUAAGUAGUAUUUUAUGACACAAUAUAACCUCAUAAUGGUGCUAUUUAUACAGUAGCUGCCUUGUUUGUACUCUUCAGGACUGGGUCUGUAGAACACUGCAAUAUAAAUGUACCUGUACUGUAAUGAUUUGAAUAAUGCUGUAAAGUAAUUAAGGGAAUGGAUAUGAAGGGCAUUGCAUGCUUGUUCAAAUAUGACAAUCCUUGUUCUCACAAAAGCAUUAUCGUUUUAUGUUUUACUUCAACAGGUGACUCAUGGGGCAUCAAGUGUCCAACUAAGCUACAAAACCAGAUUUCCCUCAUUUUUCCGAACCAUUCCCAGUGACAAAUAUCAGGUGGAGGCUAUAGUCCGUAUACUCCAACAGUUUAACUGGAACUGGGUGGCUUUCAUCGGUGGUGACAAUGACUACAGCAGAGAUGCCUUGACAGUUUUUCAGGAUGAGAUUAGACCAGCUAACAUCUGUUUGGCUUACCAAGACACUAUUCCCCAAAACCAAUCCUUAAUAGGGCGUCUAUUCAACAACAUAGCCAUGUUCAAUGUCCGGGUUAUUGUAGUCUUUGCCAAUGUGGAGUUUGUCAUUCCUUUCAUCCAGAAGGCCAUAGAUCUCAGAGUGAAGGAGAAGAUAUGGAUCGCUAGUGAGACAUGGUCUAUGAACAAAGAGUUGAUCAAGAAGAGUCAGAUUGAGAGCAUAGGGACGGUUUUAGGUGUCACUGUCCAGAGGCACAAGGACCUGAGAGGAUUUGAUGAGUUCAUUAACAACACAGUAACAUCCAGACAUGAGAAUGAAUGCACUGACAUGGACUUGAAGGAAAGAUGUGGUCAGAUUUGCCCUGACUGCAUCUCUACCAGUGCCCAGACAAUUAUUGGAGAGGACCCGACAUACAGCUUUGUAAUCUACUCUGCAGUGUAUGCUGUGGCUCAUGCACUCCACAAUACUUUGCAGUGUGGGACACGGAACUGUGCCAACUCAGAAAUCAUCGCUUAUCCUUACAUGGUAAGUGCGCUGCAUCUCCUUCAACAUGAAGCCUUAUGGUCAACCACAUCACCAAAAAUAUGAUUAGUAAUUGACGUUAUCGUUUAAGUUUACUAUUUCGUCUUGCAUUCCCAGGUCACUGAGGCACUAAAACUGGUCAAAUUCAAAUUGGACAAUCAAAGUAUAGAGUUUGAUGAGAACGGGGACCCACCGGCUCAUUACAACAUUGUACACUGGGACUGCAAAUAUGGAACAUGUUCUAAUGUGGACAUUGGCUCAUACUUCACCAACCCCACACCAAGCUUCCAUAUAAAUGAAACUCUCAUACAUUGGUUUGAGGGCACAAAGGUUAGUACUAAAUUCUUCAAAAGCAUGUGAGUAUACAUUACACACCAUCAAAACACUGAGUGGUAUUCAAAUUAGUGAUAACUGAUGCUGGUCUUUUCCACAGUGCUAUUUUAAGCUGUUCCUACUUCUUGCAGGCUCCAGUCCUGCAGUGUUCUAGUGAGUGUAAAUUUGGCUCCAGAAGAGUUCAAACUGGCUUCCACGCCUGCUGUUUUGAAUGUGAGAUCUGCUCUGAUGGAAAGUACAUCAACCACACAGGUACAGAGCAACAUGACUUUCUGUUAUUGCCUGGAGUCUUUCCUGGACAGGUCAAGCGGUCAGGAAGAACACCUGGCACCAUUUACAGUGCCCUCCACUAAUAUUGGCACCCUUGGUAAAUAUCAGCAAAACGGGCUGUGAAAAAAAUGUCUAUUGUUUAUCCUCUUGGUCUUUCAUUCAAAAUAUUCACAAAAAUCUAACCUUUAAUUAAAGUAAAAUAAUUGAAAGAAAAAAUAAAUUCUUAUCAUAAUCAAAUAUGUGUGCCACAAUUAUUGGCACCCCUUCAGCUCUGAGUCUUCUCCUAUAAUGCGUAAUGAGGUUGGAGAACACAUGGCAAGGGAUCUGAGACCAUUCCUCCAUUCAGAAUCUUUCCAGAUCCUUCAGAUUCCGAGGCCCAAGCUUGUGGGCCUCGGCAGUGGUGGAAAAAAGUAUUCAAAAGUUAUACUUGAGUAAAAGUAAAGAUACCUUAAUAGAAAAUUACUCAAGUGAAAGUCACCCAGUAAAAUCCUACUUGAGUAAAAGUCUAAAAGGAUUUGGUUUUAAAUAUACUUAAGUAUCAAAAGUAAAUGGAAUUGCUAAAAUGUACUUAAGUAUUAAAAGUAAAAGUAUUAAUAAUUUCAAAUUCCUUAUAUUAUGCAAACCAGACAGCACAAUCUUGUUUUUUAUUUAUUUACGGAUAGCCAGGGGUACACUACAACACUCUGACAUUAAUUGACAAACAAAGCAUUUGUGUUUAGUGAGUCCGCCAGAUCAGAGGUAGUAGGGAUGACCAGGGAUGUUCUCUUGAUAAGUGCGUGAAUUGGACCAUUUUCCUGUCCAAAUGUAACAAGUACUUUUGGGUGUCAGGGAAAAUGUAUGGAGUAAAAAGUGCAUUAUUUUCUUUAGGAAUGUAGUGAAGUAAAAGUUGUCAAAAAUAUAAAUAGUAAAGUAAAGUACAGAUACCCCCAAAAAACUACUUAAGUAAAAAUACUUUAAAGUACUACUUAAGCACUGGGUUUAGGUCAGGGGACUGGGAUGGCCAUGGCAAAACAUUGAUUGUGUGGUCAGUUAACCAUUUUUGUGUUGAUUUUGAGGUGUCCUUUGGAUCAUUGUCCUGCUGGAAGAUCGAACCACGGCCCAGUUUAAGAUUCCUAGCACAGGCAGUCAGGUUUUGAUUUAAUAUCUGCUGGUACUUGAUGGAGUCCAUGCUACCAUGUAUCCUAACAAGUUCUCCAGGGCCUUUGGAAGAAAAACAGCUCCACAACAUCAAAGAUCCACCACUAUACCUCACAGUGGGAUGAGGAACUUCUCUGCAUGGCUAUCUUUCUGUCUACACCAAACCCACCUCUGGUGUUUGUUUCCAAAAAGCUCUAUUUUGGUUUCAUCUGACCAUAGAACCCGGUCCCAUUGCAAGUUCCAGUAACGUUUGGCAAACUGUAGGUGCUUGAGUUUGUUGUUUGAUGACAGCAAAGGCUUUUUAUGGCAACCCUCCCAAACAACUUGUGGUUAUGUAUGUCUGAUAGUAGGUUUGGAGACUUUCUGACCCCAAGACCCAACUAACAUCUGCAAUUCUCUAGCUGUGACCCUUGGAGAUUUUUUGGCCACUCUAACCAUCCUCCUCACUGUGUGUGGGGUCAAUAUAGACACACGUCCUCUUCCAGGCCGAUUGUUAACAUCUCCAGCUGCUUUAAACUUCUUAAUUAUUGGCCAGAUAGUGGAAAUGGCCAUUUUCAACCAUUAAGCUAUUUUCUUAUAGCCAUUUCCUGAUUUGUGCAGCUCAACAACCUUUUGUCGCACAUCAUUACUGUAUUCUCUGGUCUUUCCCAUAGAGAUGGAUGACUAUGGGAACUUGGCCUGUGUGUCACCUCAUAUUUGUACCCCAGUGAAACAGGAAGUCAAGGCUUACCACUUAAGUGUUCCUAAUCACUCAGGUGAACUUAAAAACAUAAAAUAUGAAUGGGAAUAUACUUAUAAGAAUUUCUAGCGGUGCCAAUAAUUGUGGCACAUGUUUUGGAGAUUCUUUUUUUCAUUUAUUUCACAUUCAUUCUUUUCAAUCAUUUUACUUCAAUUAAAGGUUCGAUUUUUGUGAAUAUUUUGAAUGAAAGACCAAGAGGAUAAACAGCAAAGACAUUUUUUUCACUGCCCGUUUUGCUAAUAUUUACCAAGAGUGCCAAUAUUAGUGGAGGGCACUGUAUGACCUAUGACUCACAUGACAAGAAUGAUGGUUAUCUGUACACAUAUUAGCAUCUAUCACCCAGACUUUCUCUUCCCUAUCUCCCCCAACAGCCGAUCCCUACAGCUGCAUAGCAUGCCAAACGGAUGAGUGGGCCAGGAAUGGCAGUACAUCAUGCACUAAGCGCACUAUAGAGUAUCUGCAUUCCGAUGCUCCGUUGGUCAUUUUUCUGAUGUUCCAGGCCAGCUCCAUCAUCGUCAUCUCAAUUGCCAUCUUGGUUCUGUUCCUUUGUAAGAAGGACACCCCUGUGGUGAAGUCAGCCGGUGGGAGGCUCUGCUUCUUCAUGUUGUGUUGCUUGUCCAUGUCCUCCAUCAGCGUCUUUCUCUACAUCGGCAAACCCACGGAGGCCAUCUGCACCUUACGCAAUUCUGUGUUUAUAGUCUUCUAUGUCGCCUGCCUGUCCUGUCUCGCUGUUCGCUCCUUCCAGAUUGUCUGUAUCUUCAAAAUGGCUGCCAAACUACCCAAAGCAUAUGAUUUCUGGGUCAAGCAUGGUGGACAGUGGAUCACUAUUAUCACAACCACUGUCAUAAUGCUGUUUCUGUGCACUUUGUGGAUAGCCAUUGAAGGACCCAGGCCCAAUCAGAUAACAUUGUAUAGCGAGGUCAUUUUGGAUUGCACAUAUGGAGUCCUCCCCAUCUUUUAUUUGAUAGUACUGUUUGCAGGUUUGCUGGGUAUUGCAUGCUUUAGCUUUGCCUACAUGGGAACUGACCUGCCCAAAAACUACAACGAGGGUAAAUCCAUCACUUUCAGCUUGCUUAUCUUCUUCAUCUCUUGGGUCAUCUCUCUGACGGUGCACCUGUCUACCAAAGGAAAGCACACACUCUCCGUCAAUCCUUUCUCUGUGUUGUGCAGUCUGUAUGGUAUUCUCUUUGGUUACUUCUUCCCUAAAUGCUAUAUCAUUAUCGUUACACCUGAGCGUAAUACAGCAGCCUAUUUUCAAACCGCAAUCCAGAGUUACACACUUCAACCUAGAUAA